AUGGAUAGUGAUGAUGGGCGAACUGUAAAGAUUGGUACCAGAGUAUCUUUAGGGCAUAGAAAUUACAAACUGAUGUAUGAUAUGUUGACUGGAAUAAGAAUAUCGGUCGGACGAGUUUCAGCAAAGAUGCCAAAAGAAUUAGUAGCCAUGGAUUUCCUCGAAGAACAUAAGAUGGGGUUUGACAUAAUGGGGAAUGAACUUACUCCAGGAGUACGAUAUGAUUUCAAAUUCAAAGAUUAUGCGCCUUGGGUAUUUCGACUUUUGAGAGAAAAGUUUCGUAUUGACGCAGCAGAUUAUUUGAUGACAUUAACCGAAAAAUACAUUCUCUCAGAAAUCAAUUCACCGGGAAAAAGUGGCAGCUUCUUUUACUAUUCGAGAGAUUACAGGUUUAUCAUUAAAACUAUUCAUCACACGGAACAUAAAACAAUCCGUAGAGUUUUGAAAGACUAUUACGAGCAUGUCAGUGCAAACCCGGACACUUUGUUAUGUCGAUAUUACGGAUUGCAUCGAAUUAAAUUACCACACGGCAGAAAAAUACACUUUGUUGUUAUGGGCAAUGUCUUGCCGAAUGAUAAAGUUGUGCAUGAAACCUACGAUUUGAAAGGAUCGACGUUUGGUAGAUUGACACCGGAUGAAAUAGCGAAUCAAUCAGGCGCUAUAUUGAAAGAUUUGAAUUGGGUAUUGAAUGGAAAGAAACUGGAGCUGGGGCCGCAAAAAAGAAAUUUGUUGAUGGAACAGCUAAGAAAAGAUGUAGACUUAUUGGUACGGCUGCAAGUGAUGGAUUAUAGCCUUUUGGUUGGUAUCUAUGAUUUUUCGAAAGGGUACACGGGUCCAAGCCAUUUAAAAAUAGUAUCACCACAGGCCAAUGAGUUACAGAAGACGGUCUCAAUAAGGGGAAGACGGGAGAGUAAAGCCGAAAUAUUACGGCAAGCCAUCAACAGUGCAAGCCCUGUGCAAUUAGACCCAGCAGAGUUACCCGAAUUACCAUCUGAAGAACGCAAAUACUGCAAAUUUUAUGCUGAAGAUGGUGGGUUUAGAUCUACAGAUACGGACAAUAAACCAACCGAUAAACUCUACUAUUUCGGUAUUAUUGAUAUCUUGACGCCAUACAAUUAUGUGAAAAAGAGCGAGCAUCUGUUGAAAAGCUUUACCCAAAAUAAGACAACAAUAUCUGCAGUGGAACCUGAGGAAUAUGGUAGAAGAUUCCUUGAAUUCAUGGAAACUGUAGUGAUACCUAUCCCUGCUGCGAGGGCCAAGAUAGAAUUACAGACAAUAUAG